CUACGAUGCUUUAUUUUAAAUGUAAAAAUGACCAUAAAGCCGUUGGUAAAAUUAUACACACAAAUAUAUGAAAAAUGAAUAUCUUAAUUGCUAUCUUUUUUUUGAUUUUCGCGACAUUCACAUCAUCAACUUUAAUAAGACGUCAGGAUGCACUCAACGGUUUUAAAGAAUGCCAAGGAAAUUUCCCAAAUAAAAUUACUUCACAUGAGUUCACUCCCAACCCAAUUGUCGCAGGUCAAGUUGUCACUGUUCAUAUGAAGGGUAUCGCAACUGUACCCAUUGAAAAAGGUUCGAUAUAUCAGAAUACUGUGUUUUAUAAUAAUGAACAAGUGCUACAACAUAAUGACGACUUCUGCAAGGAAGUCGUUAUUCCAAGUGGUUUUACUUGUCCGGUGAAGGGGGAUUUUAAUUUUGUAAAUACUUUCCCUGCGGAUACUAGUCCAAACGACCCAAAAAAUAGUGUACUUGAAUUUUUUGUUCGGAUUCUCACAUCGAACCCAGACGGGAGAAAUCUAUCAUGUAUUGAAGGAAACGUCAAGUUUUCUUAUCCUUAAUUAUCA